GCAGGUUAGAAUUUACCGGAGGUUCCUAAUAAGAUAGUCUUGACGUUUAAGUUUUCAUUUUUUCACAAUAUCGUCUCUGUCAUGGCUUUAUGCUUGCGUUCAAUAUCGAAUAAAUUAAUGCCCACUAUUCAAAGUCUACCGAAUCAUGUAACAUCAGUUCUUUGUAUUCAAAAUGGAAAAGGAACAGGCAUUUCAGAGGAGGUUAAUCAAAUCAAAAUUUUCCAUCACUCUCCAAUUUUGCCUGAGACAAGAACAGUUGGAAUUAUUUCUUAUAAAGACAGAUGGAAGCUACAGCCAGUAGUACAGCUGGAAUGUUGUGAUAAACAAAAUAAAUCGAGAAAUCAAGUUAAUUUCCUCCUGUCUAACAUUCAGAAUUAUGAAAAAAGAACCUUAAACAUUGACACUAUCAAAAGAGAUGAAAGCCCCAACUCUUCUCAAGUUUUCAAUAGCUCACCUAUGAGAAAUCAACCAUUAGUUAAUUCAGAAACACCAGAACACACACUUACUCAGCCCCAAAACUCUGACAAGCUAGAAGGAAGGCCAACUUCUGAGCAGUUAUUUAGAGUUUAUAAUGUGUUAGAGAAGACCCUUCCUGAACUUUUUAUCAAACCUCAUGAUUAUUCCAUCUACAAUCCCAACUUGAUAUUCGAAAAUAACAUCCGGGGCACAAGAACUAUAGGCAUAUACCAUUAUGUAAAACAGGUAGCGCUGCUUAGGACCCUUGGGCAUUUAAAAUUUGCUUAUGUAAAAUUUGAAGUAAUGAAGAUGACUAAACAUGAAGAAGAUGGAACAAUUAGGGUUAGGUGGAGGAUUGUAGGAAUAUCUGGAUUACGUAUUUUUCUGACAUUUUGGAGGUUUAAAAUUUGGAAACUGAAAGAAGAAAUUCAGGAAAAUCAAGAAAUGUGGUAUGAUGGAUUUUCUACAUUUUAUGUUGGAGGAGAUGGAUUAAUAGCUAAGCAUGUGGUAGAUAAGGUUAUGCCAGAUGAUGAAGGCCUUAUUGAUAAAACAAAGGAUUCUUUGCGAACAAAAUUGGCUUUAUUGUUUGGAUUACCAUUUUCUGGUCCUCAACUCUCCGGCUUCUCUUUAUAUCUGGCUAAGUUAAUUUCACAAAACUUAAGGAUCAGUAAACCUAAAGAGCUAAAGAAGCUUCAACUCGAAAGGCCUGUCUAGUCAGCUUUAAUACACCUGAUAAUUAUAUAUUUGGCUGUUUCAGAUUGUAAUAGUAAUUACUAUAUGUGUAAUAAUCAAUAAAGCACAAUUGUUUUAUUUAUGUUUGUCGAUGUUCUAUAAUUUAUUUAACUUGUUAUUUGCUAUGGAUAUGUUUUAAACGUUGAUGUUGAUGCAAAGUAAAUUGGUAUAACCAUGAAUCUUGUUAAGUCUACUAUGUAUUUUUGGAUUAAAAUACAAACCUUUUUAAUCAGU